CUUCAUCUCGCCUUCCGUCCGCAUCUCGCUCCACUGGUUCAGCCACUGUCCUCUUCUCCGAGCAGAUUCGGGCAAGCGGGGCCAUGCAGCCGGCCGUGCUUAUCGGCCUCCUAGGAGCCACGAUGGUGGCCGCUGUCAGUUCUAUGCCAGUGGAUAACAACAGGAAGCACAAUGAAGAAAUGGUGACUCGCUGCAUCAUCGAAGUCCUCUCAAAUGCCUUGUCGAAGUCCAAAACUCCACCCAUUACCCCGGAGUGCCGACAAGUCCUGAAGAAGAGUGCAAAAGAGGUUAAAGAUGAAGAGAAAAGUGAAAAUGAAAACACGAGGUUUGAAGUAAGAUUAUUAAGAGACUCAGCUGAUGCCUCAGAAGCCCACAGGCCCUCCGAUAGGGAGGACGCAGGAGUCCCAGGAGAGGAUGCCCAAGGCCCAUCAGUGGCCAACACAGAGGGAGGUGGGCACAGCCAGGAAGGAGCAGGCGAGCCCCAAGGGAGCCUCUCUCUCUCUGACAGUCAAGUCUCCAAAGAAGCUAAGACACAUCAUUCUGAGAAGAGUGAGGGAGAGGACAGGGAGGAAGAGGAAGGAGAUAAAAAUCAGAAAAGAGAGCAUGGAGAAGGUGGCAGUGAAGAAAAACACCUGGAAGAGCCAGGGGAGACACAAAAUGCCUUUCUCAAUGAAAGAAACCAGGUCACAACUAAGAAAAAUAAGGAGAUAGUGUCCAGAUACUAUGCACACUCUGCCAGGCUCCCUGAGGAGAAGACGCACAGCCGGGAGAGGAGUAGUCAGGAGAGUGGAGAAGAGACAAGGAACCAGGAAAAACGCCUCCAAGAGUCUAAAAGCCAAGCCAGGAGCCAGGAAGAAUCUGAGGAAAGUGAGGAAGAUGCCAGCCCCAAUGUGGACAAACAACGCUCAAGGCCAAGACAUCGUCAUGGGCAGAGCGGGCCCGAUAGGUCCUCUCAAGAAGGGAAUCCUCCCUCUGAGAAGAGGGGACACCCCCAUGAGGAAUCUGAGGAGUCAAAUGUGGGCAUGGCCAGCUUAGGCGACAAGAGGAACCGUCAUCCAACCUACCACAGGGCUUCAGAGGAAGAACCCGAAUAUGGGGAAGAAGUGAGGAGUUACCCAGGAGUCCACGCUCCGGAGAACCUGGAGGGGGAACGAUACGGGGGCAGAGGAAGUGAGGAGUACAGGGCUCCAAGGCCUCCCAGUGAUGAGAGCCAGGAAAAGGAGGACAAGAGAAAUCGCCCCAACUCAGAGCUUGACAACGUGGCACAUGGAUAUAGUGAAGGAAGCGAGGAAGAGAAGGGCCCUGCGUGGGGAUACCACCACAGAGCCAGGGCCAGGGAGCCUGGUGCCUACUCCACUCCAGACAAAGAAGAGAAACAAUUCUUGGGUGAAGGACACUACCGUGUUCAAGAAAACCACAGGGACAAGGCAAGGAGGCGUCCACAAGGCGAGUGGAAAGAGCAGGACAAAAAUUACCUCAGUUAUGGUGAGGAAAAGGGUGAGGAAGGAGACCAAGGGAAAUGGCAGGAGCAGGAGGACUUGCAAGACACUGACGAGAACAGGGAGGAAGCUAAGCUUCAAGGCAAACAAUAUGCUCCCUAUCACACCACUGAAAAGAGGAAGAGACUAGAGGAGCUGCUCAACCCGUACUAUGACCCCUCCCUGUGGAAGAGCAGCUAUUUGGAGAGGAAAGACAACCUGAAUGACAAUUUUCUUGAGGGUGAAGAGGAAAAUGGCCUGACCUUGAAUGAGAAGAAUUUCUUCCCAGAAUACAACUAUGACUGGUGGGAGAAAAAGCCCUUUGAGGAGGAUGUGAAUUGGGGAUAUGAGAAGAGGAACCUCGCCCCCAAACUGGAUCUGAAAAGGCAGUAUGACAGAGUGGCCGAACUGGACCAGCUCCUUCACUACAGGAAGAAGUCAGCCGAAUUUCCGGACUUCUAUGACUCUGAGGAUCAGAUGAGCCCACGCCACGCGGCAGAAAACGCAAAGGACAGGGCUGGCCCGAGAGUUCUGACAGAGGAAGAGGAAAAAGAACUUGAAAACCUAGCUGCGAUGGAUUUGGAAUUACAGAAAAUAGCUGAGAAGUUCAGCGGUAACCGAAGAGGCUGACGGUCGUUGGAGCAGAGGGCCGUUUUAAGAAGCAGCCCGCACACUAUUUUCUACCGCUUCACUGAAAGACACCAUUUAUUUACCCAAAGGCAGAAAGUAGAAUUUACUAUUCAUUAAGUGCUUGACACAAUUGGAAAUGUCUUUAAUUUUUGCCAGAAUGCUAUUGAAAAUGAGAAUAGCAUGACUUGUAGCAUAUUCUUUCUCGUGAAAUUGACAUAUUAUCAUGCUUGUGACAAUGACUGUGCUACCAUCCUUGAAAAAAUAUGUUUGUCUCCACUUAAAUAAUAAAAGAUUCAC